AUGCAGGGUCUCUUCGAUAGGUCAUUUGCCUCUGCUGUCGUUAAUUCAUGUCUCGCCACAAACAUCUUUGAGGUCCCCUUUGUAAAGAGGAAGAACUCAACAGUUUGUUUUGUGGCGGGGCAGCCAUUGGGUUAUUAUGCUUCUUGGCCUUUGUUCGCCUUUUCGCAUCAUCUUUUGGUGUGGUUGGCGGCAGAACGGGUUUACCCGGGUCAGCGUUUCCGGAAUUACUGUGUUCUCGGUGAUGACGUAGUUAUCGCCGACUCGCAAGUCGGGCCCUUAAAGAAAGGGGACCAGCAGUUAGCAUCUGGAUCUGAGUCUACAAACUAA